UUGAUGCGUUUUUUCUAACCUACAGAUAGAUUAACCUCAUCAAAUAGGUUCUAAGAGGAAAACUAAUAUACUACUCUUAUAUGUGAAGAUGACUCUCCUGGCCCAUUGCAGGACAGUGCUGUGUGGUUUUACUAGCACUGGAGCUGGAUUUGCGUCAAAUCAUCCACCAUCUUACUCAGCACACAUUUGCAAACUGGCUGGCCAAGAUCAGAGCACAAGCUAUGGCUCUGAGAGAUUCCUCUGCGAAUCCGUUUUCAGUUAUCAAGUGGCAUCUACGCUUAAACAGGUGAAACAUGAUCAGCAAGUUGCUCGGAUGGAAAAAUUAGCUGGUUUGGUAGAAGAGCUGGAGGCAGAUGAGUGGCGGUUUAAACCCAUCGAGCAGCUGCUGGGGUUCACACCCUCUUCAGGUUGACCUUGCCCGGAAGGCCGCCUCUGGUGCACAGCAAGUGCAGGGCCAGCGAGGGACUUUUCUCGCAGCUUACACAGCCAUCCAGAGAUUCACAGCUCCAUCGCUGAAUUGUUAAUUCGCAUCCAUGCUUGGUUUCUCUGUAUCUAUCCACAAGCAACAAAUACUUAAAUGUGUGAUCUUGCAGGGAAAAUUUUUGUUUAUUUGUUUAAAAAAAGUAUUGAGAAUCAGAAUAAGACAAUCGGCGUCAGAGAACCUGAAGGUUUGGGUUUAAGAGAUAUUUAUAAAACUUUAUAAGCCAGGUAGGACACAUGCCGGAAUUGGCCAACUGAAUGACCUCUCUGCUGUCAUUCAUGCAGUGCCUGGAAUCCUCACUGGUCAAAUCCAAGAUCAGGAUCUGGAGUUACACAACACAGCGUUUCUGACCUAAAACAGUUCUUCUUGCAGAUGAAUGUGAUUUCAACUCAGGACCUGUUCAAAUGAGGAAUUUUAAAAUUUCGGGGUUUUUUCUAUUUUUAGACAUCUAAUUCUAUAGAUUCUAACUUUUUCUAACCUCUUCUAGACAUGCCAAAUGCUGGCAAAAAGAAUUACUUUUUGAAUGUUGAAGCACUUGUAAAAAUAAAUCUGUGAGCAAAAUCCUUUUAAACACAGAAAUCCUGAGUUCAUCUUGUUGGUGGGCUCAAGCAAUUCUGUAGCAAAUAAAUCCUUUGAAAGAGUUCCAAA